CCUCGACGAACUACAGGCUCACAGACUAUAGACGCAUUCGAUAUUCGAUCGCGCUCCGUUACGAUUCGCGGAUUCGUAUGUACGUGCAUGCACACAUACGCACUACUACCACAUACAGAGGCGAAUGUUUUUAAUUAUGAUAGUACAGCACGGACACGCACCAAGUGGCGAUUUAACCGACAGUAUCGAAAAGUGGAUGUAAUGGCGCUACAGUAUUGGGUAAACGUCAACGUCCCAUGAGAAACGACCGCAUGGCCUGUCACAUGUAGGUCAUUGUCUCUCUCAGACUUUUCAAGGCUUCUCAUUCCGACAGUAAUUGAAAAAAUUUAUUUUUUAUUGAACGCAACGUUAUUUUGAAAGUGAAGAUUUUUUACAAACAUUCCAGUUAUGAGUUUUUCUGUAUAUGAUUCAUGCGUAGCCUUGUGCAAUAACGAACGCGUGAUAAUACAUAAUAUUGACAAUAGCACCGAAAAUGUGAUAGUCUUGCCCAAUCUGGAAGCAAAUAAGAAAAUAGACGUGCACAACAAUGUGGAUAUAGAGACUUAUCAUAUGAUAACAUCUGUUACGUUUUCAAAGGAUGGAAGAUACUUUGCGGUGUGCACAAAUCGCAAGCAAUUGUGCUUGUACGAGACAAAGAACUCGAGGCUUUUGUCCAAUCGGACGCUCGCCAGAGCCGCGAGCAAAGUGAAAUUCUCUCCGUACAAUGAUAUUGUAGUUGCUGAUAAGGCUGGAGAUGCUUACCUGUUCUCCACCAGUUCGCCAACAGAAACUGGAGUUUUGAUCUUGGGCCACUUGUCAAUGCUACUCGAUGUACUUGUUACAGAGGAUAUGAAAUAUAUCUUAACAACCGACAGAGAUGAAAAGAUCAGAGUCUCCAUGUUCCCAAAUUGCUACAACAUUAUGUCUUACUGUUUAGGCCACACAAAAUUUGUGACAAAUAUCUCAGAAUUACCUCACGAGAAGAGUAUCUUAAUAUCGUGUGGAGGUGAUGGAGUUUUUAAAUUGUGGGAUUAUAGGCAUGGAACUGAACUGAUGUCUGUAAAUUUUUGCGAUAAAAUACCAAAAUGUGACAUUGAGAAAUUUAAUCAAGAUCUUCGAGACUAUCAUUAUGACGAAUCUGUAGAUAUAUUGCCUGUUAAGCAUUUGAGAGUAUCUUAUCUUAGUAAGAUGGAAUCUUUAGUUAUAAUAAGCUUUUAUAGUAGUAAAGUACUAUUAGUUUAUAACAUUACUAGUACCAAUGAAACACAGUUCAAAGCAAAUUAUUUGGAAUCCUUAAUUAUUGAAGAUGAACCUAUGGAAUGUCUUUUAAACAAACAAGAUUUAUGGAUAUUAAUAGAUAGAGGAUUACAAGUAUACAAAUUUGAAAACAAUAGAUUUGUAAGUCAUAAUGCUCUGAAUGACACAAUUAACCAUCUUAAUAAAUCCUGGGAAACUCUAAAAAAUACUAUUGUUAAACAAUAUUUGUUCCCAAUUUUAUAUAAAAGAAAAUAUGACAAUAUACAAGAAUAUUUAGAAAGGAAAAAAAUUCGGCUUGCCAGCAUAGAAUAGAUUAUAAUAUCAUCAUUACAAAUGUUAUAAAUACAAUGUGUGUGUUUGAUAUUUCAUAGAAUGUACAAACAUUGCAAUGAUUGAAACCAGAAAUAAAGGUAUAUAUUCUAUAUUAA